AUGACUGCAUCAGGAUUAAAGUACCCAGUCUUACCGAUAGCUGAGCAGGAGCGUAGAGAAGCGGAUUUGCCUGACGUAGGUGACGUUGAUGCCGAGGACGAAGAGCUGGUUUUCAUGUCGAUUCUAUUCGACCAAGGAGAACUGGGUGUUGCGAUUUAUAACGCAUUGACGACAAGUUUGAAGACACUGCAGCUUCCAAUAGCCGAUCAACAAGAGCUGGAAGAGAUACUGGAGCGCCUGCAUACACAAUUCGAAGUGAAUUACGUGCUAGUUUCCUCUAGGAAUGCCAGUUCAAAUGGGAUGCUUCGAAUGCUCAAGAAACUUGAUGAAAAACUGCAAACAAAGACGAGGAUUAGCGUCCGAAAGUAUUCGUUCAUUGUGAAUGAACAAUGCCGCUUUUGCCAAGCAGAUUUCAGCUACUCAAAAGGCAGCCAAGCAAUUGAGCAUGUCCAGAUCGGGGACGCUCCUGCAGAGUUCAGGAAACCUCAAGCACGCUCGUUAAGACGGGAAUCUUACGCGUUUCUAGGAAGCUUCUUUGAUUUUAAGAGCACGCAGCAGAUUCGCGCUACUGGUGCGUUGCUGCUCUACUUGUCCACCGAAAAGGUAGGUGGAGUUGUCUGGGAUGUUUCUUGUAACCACUCGACUAACAUCGCGCAGACCGGAAAUCAAUUAGAUGACGUGGAAUCCGUAUUUUUUUCAUCGGUGGAGCAAGUUGCGCUCGACGGGUUCAUGUACAUCGACAAGACCACGCUGCAGUCCCUUCAGAUAUUUAACCAUGAAGCACAUCCUUCACUUGUCAAGGGAUCUGGUCGAGCAAAAGAAGGCUUUAGUCUGUUUGGACUUCUCAACCGCACCGUAACUAAAUCCGGCGGCAGCAUGUUGCGCCGCUGGAUGCUAACUCCGCUUGUUAGCAGUGUCCAAAUUGACGAACGCCAUAAUUCCGUCGCGUUCUUCGUGGAUGCUGAGAAUGAUGAACUUCGACAACUAUUGUCUGGAAAGUUGAAACAAUUUAGAGAUGCGGCUGGUAUUUUUCAGCGCAUUAGAAGGCGCUGUGCUUCGGUUGGUGACUGGUGCCGAUUUGCCGCCUCCAUUGGGAGUUUCUUGGAAAUACAGUCCAUUAUCGAAGGCAUCAGCGAAACAAGUAAUAUGUCAUCGCCUAAUCUCUUCUCGAGGAUCUUAAAAGAGCGUGGUAUCGUCCACGUUAGCAACUUGCUGGGAAAUGUAGUGGACUUCGAAGAGAGUCAACAAGAAAGCACAGUGGUUAUUCGAAGUGGUGUGUCGGAAGAGCUGGACGCGGCACGAAAACGCUAUGAAGAUCUUGACAACGUUUUGACGGAGGUAGCAUUUCAGGUUCAAGAGGCCAAUCCAAUUCUGUCAUCGAUCACAGUCCAGUACAUUCCUCAAGUUGGGUAUGUCAUCUGCUGCGAAUCCCCCACAACGCUACCGGACUUCGUGUUUCAAUUCCAGGAAGAUGACACAACAUUUUAUUACAAGGAUGCUUGCUGCCGCGAUUUGGACGAGUCGAUAGGAGACAUCUAUGGUUACAUUCUGGACGCGCAAAGAGAGCUCCUGGAAGAAUUGACGAUGGCACUACUAGAGUACGAGGGUAGCAUCAAUGAAAUGACUUGGAUCAUGUCGUAUCUCGAUUGCUUGAUCUCAUUCGCAUCCUGCGCAAAAAGUUUCAAUUUCACUCGUCCCAAGAUAACGGAGAGCAACACGUUGAAGGCGACUCAAGCUCGCCAUCCUCUUCAGGAGCUGCUAGUGGAGCACUACAUCCCCAACGAUAUUUUACUCGAUUCUAGUGACUCACUGAAAAUCGUAACGGGACAAAACGGAUCAGGAAAAUCCGUGUAUCUGAAAAUGGUUGGUCUUCUACAAUACAUGGCUCAAAUUGGAUCCUUUGUGCCAGCGGACAAAGCGGAGAUAGGGCUAGUUACGAAAGUUUUCACCAGAAUCCAGAGCAUGGAGUCCGCUACAGUUUCACAGAGCUCCUUCACGAUCGACUGCAACCAGAUGGCAUGGAUGCUCAAUCAGGGCGACGGUCGAUCGCUGUUCUUGAUUGACGAGUUUGGAAAAGGAACGGCUGAGCUCGAUGGCAUUGCUUUGCUGAGCUCAAUCAUCAACUAUCUUGCCAGACACAAUUUCGCAACUGGAAGACCCCGGGUUGUGUUGACAACCCACUUUCUGGAAAUUUUUCGCGACAACCUGCUUGAGCCGUCACUGUUAAUCGGACAGUCCCUGACUGUAAAGGAUGGCCAUCAAUCUGAAAGCUUAUCCGACAAGGAACGUGUAAUUUGUACCGUCAUGGCUUCGACAGAUGCGCCAGAAUCAUUUUCUCCGACGUCCAACGCUGUUCCACUAUUUGAACUGCGCCUCGGUAUUUCUAAUCAUAGCAAUGCACUAACGUGUGCUUCAAAAUGCGGAAUACCACAACAGUUGGUGGAACGGGCCCAAGAAGUACUGGAUUGCACCAAGCGUGGUUUGCCCAUUCCAUCUCGGCAGCAGUCAACAGGGCCUUCACCGGAGGAGCAGCUUGCUGUGUUCUUUACUUCGAUUAAUGAUUGGCAAUCUGCAGGAGAUGAUGUCAUUGCCAAAUUCUUAGCAAUGGCACGGAUGGGCACGCAAUGA